GGCACCUUUGGGAGCUCCCAGCGGUUCGCUGUGCCCACAACAAUGGUGCAGGCUCUCCCCGCCGCGCUGCGGCGGCUGCUGGCCGGCUUGCUGCUGCUGACCAUCUGCGUCUGGGUCGGGUUGUCGGAGCCGCCGCCAGGCAGUGCCGCAGUCGCCUUGCCCUGGGCGCCGGAGGCGGACCCCGUCGUGGUCGCCAACCGCGGGCUGCGGGUGCCCCUGGGCCGUUCUGCCUGGCUGGACCCCACGCGGGACCUGGUGCUGCAGGUGCAGCCAGGUGACCGGUGCCACCUCACCGUGCUGGACGAGGACCCGCUGUGGCAGCGCCCGGGCCGGCUGAGCCCCCGGCGCUUCCCCUGCGACUUCGGGGCCCGUGAGGUACAGUACUCCCACCUGGGCGGCCGCAGCCCUCCGCGGGACCGCGUCCGCCUGCAGUUGCGCUACGACUCGCCGAGCCGCGCCCUGGUGCUGCCCCUGGUGCUGGAGGUGGAGGUGCUCUUCACCCAGCUGGAGAUCGUCACCCGCAACCUGCCCCUCAUCGUGGAGCGCCUGCGGGGCACCAGCAACCCGCUGGACGCCCGCAGCCUGGAGUUCGCCUUCGAGCCGGGCCGGCAGCGCUGCCGGGUGGGCCUGCUGCCGCCGCUGGCCGGGCUGCCCCGCUACGGAGAGAUCCUCAACUACCCCCAGGCGGAGGUUUUGCCGGAGGCGGCCGCCGCGGGUGAGGAACCGGCGGCGGGCGGCCCCGUUCCCGCCUCGAUGUGGGACUGCGAGGAGUUCCUGCGCCUGGGACUGCGUUACUUCCACACGGCAGCUGGCGGCUCUCCCAACCGUGACCUGGUGCCGCUGGUGGCAGAGCUGCGGGAGGCGGCAGGUGGUGGGGCACUGCUGAAGCGUGAGUACUUCCAGGUGCUGGUGCGGAUCCAGGCCGGGACUGAGAAUGUGGCCCCCAAACCCAGCUUCUUUGCCAUGCUCAUGAUGGAGGUUGACCAGUUUGUCCUCACUGCACUCACACCUGACAUGCUGGCAGCUGAGGAUGCUGAGUCACCACCAGACCUGUUGAUCUUCAACAUCACCUCUCCCUUUGGCCCUGGCCAGGGCCACAUGGUCAGCACAGAUGACAGGAGCCUGCCAGUUUUUUCUUUCAGUCAGAGAGAUGUGAGGGAGCUACGCAUUGCCUACCAGCCCCCCAUGGAGGACUCAGAUCAGGAACGGCUCUUUGAGCUUGAGCUGGAGGUAUUGGACCCAGAGGGUGCUGCCUCAGAGCCCUUCACCUUUGUGAUUGUGGUGAAGCCCAUGAACACCCUGGCACCUGUGGUGACCCGCAACACUGGCCUUGUGCUCUAUGAGGGGCAGUCACGGCCUCUUUCAGGCCCUGGUCCAAACCCCAAUUUGGUGAUCAGUGAUGAGGAUGACCUUGAGCAGGUGCAGGUGAGUGUGGUGGCAGGGCUGAGGCAUGGCCACCUCACUCUCCUGGAGGACACUGCAGCACCUGCAGCCCCUCGUAAGCACUUCACAGUGGCUGAGUUGGCAGCAGGCCACGUCAUUUACCAGCAUGACGGCAGCGAGUCUCCACUCAAUGACAACUUGGUGCUGCGGCUGGAGGAUGGUGGAUCUCGCCAUCGUGUUGAGUUCCUUUUCCCUAUUACCCUGGUGCCCACUGAUGACCAGCCACCCCUACUCAAUGCUAACACAGGGCUGGCCAUGGCUGAGGGUGAAACAAUGCCCAUCACCGCCCGUGCUCUUAGUGCCACUGACAUUGACUCUCAGGAUGCCAUCCUGCUCUUCACAGUGGAGUCUGGCCCCACUGCAGGGCAGCUUCUCCUCCGUCAAGCACAACCGCCUCCUGGCUGGGAAGAGGAGGAAGAAGAUGAGGGAUUUUCUUGGAGGAGGGUGCCAGGUUUAGGGGGGAGCUCUGUAAUCUAUGAAAAGACAGUGAGAGAGUGGCUGCAGCAGGACAUUACUGAAGGGCGUCUCUAUUACCACCACUUGGGGCCUCACAGCCCUGGCCCUGGGGUUGUAUUGGACCAGUUUGUAUUUAGAGUCCAGGAUGACAAUGACCCACCCAACCGCUCUGGACCACAGACAUUUGUGAUCCGGGUUCAACCUGUAGACAGAUUAGCCCCUGAACUGCAUAGCAGCAGCAGCCUGCACUUAAUAGUUGCAGAGCAGCAGGUGACCCCCCUGCGGAGGAAGCACUUGUGUUACACAGAUCAGGAUUCAGGGGAUCGUGAACUCCGCUACACAGUAACUCAGCCCCCCACUGACACUGACACUAACCAUCCGCCAGAUGGAUAUGGAGCCCGCCUUGGAGCCCUAGUGCUGACUGAGGAUCACUCUGUGGAAGUUACCCACUUUACCCAAGCCCAGAUCAAUCAUCACAAGAUCUCAUACCGUCCCCCACAGGAAGAACUGGGGGUGGCUCCUCAUUUGAUUCAGUUUCAGUAUCAAGUGCAAGAUGCAGCUGGCAAUGCAGCUGAAGGGACUUUCACCAUCUAUCUGCAACCUGUGGAUAAUCAGCCUCCUGAAAUCAUUAAUACUGGCUUCACUUUGCCUGAGGGAGGCAGCCAUGUCCUUAGUCCAACUGAGCUGAAUGCCAGUGACACGGACACUGAACUUACCCAUCUCAGAUUUAUCCUGACCCAGGCGCCCCGUUAUGGCCAGUUGCAGCUUUCUGGAUACAGUUUGAUUCCAGGAGGUGUCUUUGGCCUGGAUGAUAUCAGACAAGGGAGGGUGGUGUAUGUGCACGGUGGAGCUGAGACCAACAGUGAUACCUGUAGGCUUGAUGUGAGUGAUGGGGUUCAUUUUGUGCCCAUCACACUGAAAAUGAACGUGCACCCAGUUGAUGAUGAGGUUCCUACACUACGGUUGCCCCCAGGCACUCUUGGUUCCUACCUGGAUGUGCUGGAGAAUGGUGCUGCAGAAAUCACUGCUAAUGUCAUUCAGGGCACAGAUGAGGAUACAGAUGACCUAAUGCUGACUUUCAUUGUAGAGGAUCCUCCUCAACAUGGAAACAUCCUGGUCCAAGGAGUACCUGCAGAGAGAUUUUCCCAGAGGGAUCUGCUGGAUGGUGUUGUGGUAUAUGCUCACACUGGUGGUGAAAUAGGCCUUCUGCCCAAAGUAGAUACCUUCAAUCUUACCUUGUCUGACCUGUCUGAGAAGUGGAACGUCAGGGGCAAUGUUGUUCAAGGAGUUUCAGUCUUGGUGACCAUUCUUCCUGUUGACACUCAAGCCCCAGAGGUUUUUGUAGGAGAGCAGCUCAUGGUAACAGAAGGUGACAAACGGGUCAUUACUCCUGCUCACCUCAGGGCUGAAGAUGUGGAUACUCCUAAUGAUGAUAUACUUUGCACCAUUGUUGCUCAGCCUGCAUCUGGGUACGUAGAGAACAUAUCUCCAGCCCCAGGAUCUGAAAAAUCCAGAGCAGGUGUAGCUAUAAGUGCUUUUACCUUGAAAGACCUCCGUCAAGGACAUAUUUUUUAUGUCCAAAGUAUACAUAAGGGUGUUGAGCCUGUUGAAGACAGAUUUGCUUUCCGCUGUUCUGAUGGCAUUAACUUUUCUGCAAAGCGUUUUUUCCCCAUUGUUAUUAUGCCAGUCAAUGAUGAAGAGCCUGAAAUAUUUGUGCGAGAGUUUGUUGUGAUGGAAGGCAUGAGCCUGGUUGUUGAUACUCCUAUUCUCAAUGCAGCUGAUGCAGACAUCCCUGCUGAUGAAUUAAUGUUUGCAGUCGUCAGGCUUCCUAGGCAUGGCCACAUUGUGAACCAGCUGGUGAAUAGAACUGUCGUAGUGGAGAGCUUCACUUUGGAUCAGAUAACAGAGAGCUCCAACAUACUCUAUGAACAUGAUGACUCUGAGACAAAGGAGGACAGUUUUGAGGUGACACUCACAGAUGGUAAACAUACCAUUAGGAAAACAGUACUCAUCAUGAUUAUUCCUGUAGAUGAUGAGACACCCAGAAUGGCCAUCAAUGAUGGUUUGGAGAUUGAAAUAGGAGAAACUAGAACUAUUCAUAACAGAAUAUUGAAGGCUACUGACCUGGAUUCUGAAGACAAAACCUUGACAUACAUUAUAAGAUAUGGGCCAGGACAAGGCCUCCUGCAGAAAAUCAAGCCUUCAGGUGGAGUUGAGAAUAUCACCCUGGGGAUGAAUUUCACCCAAGAUGAAGUGGAUAGAAACUUAAUUCAAUAUAUGCAUUUUGGCCAAGGAGGAGUUCGUGAUCUUAUCAAGUUUGAUGUGACAGAUGGAAUAAAUCCACUCAUUGACCGCUACUUUUAUGUCACGAUAGGUAGCAUUGAUAUUGUCUUCCCAGAUGUAGUCAGCAAAGGGGUUUCUUUGAAAGAAGGAGGGAAGGUAACCCUAACUACUGAUUUGCUUAGCACCAGUGACCUGAAUAGUCCAGAUGAGAACUUAGUUUUCACUAUUACCAGAGCACCUGUUCGUGGUCAUCUUGAAUGCACAGAUCAGCCUGGGGUACCUAUCUCAACUUUUACUCAACUCUUAUUAGCAGGCAAUAAAGUCUAUUACAUUCACACUUCAGAAGAUGAGGUGAAAAUGGACAGCUUUGAGUUUGAGGUGACUGAUGGCUAUAACCCUGUAUUUCGUACUUUCAGGAUUUCUAUCAGCGAUGUGGACAAUAAGAAACCUGUCGUCACAAUCAACAACCUGGUGGUGAGUGAAAAUGAAUGCAAACUGAUAACCCCAUUUGAACUGACUGCAGAAGACAGAGAUACACCUGAUGCAUUGCUAAAAUUUAUCAUCACUCAAAUACCAGUUCACGGUCAGAUCAUGUUCAAUAACUCCAAACCCGUCACCAGCUUCACUAAGCAAGAUCUAAACGAAAAUCUAAUCAGCUACAAACAUGAUGGCACAGAAUCAGUUGAGGAUAGCUUCUCUUUCACUGUUACAGACAGCACUCAUACUGAUUUCUAUGUCUUCCCCAACACUGUGUUUGAAACAAGGAAACCUCAGACUAUGAAGAUUCGAAUAAUGGCUGUGGACAACAGUGUACCUCAAAUUGUAAUAAAUAAGGGUGCUCAGACUCUCCGUGCUCUGGCCACAGGUCACAUCGGAUUUCUGAUUACCAACAAAGUGCUCAAAGUGGAAGACAGGGACAGUUUACAUGUUACUCUUAAGAUCAGAAUCACAGAGGGUCCACGCCAUGGCUUCCUGAUCCAUCUGGGGAAAGGCAACCAUAGCAUCAGCCAGUUCACCCAAGCUGAUAUUGAUGACAUGAAGAUAUGCUAUGUUUUACGAGGGGGUGACAAUGCCACCAGUGACAUUUUUCAUUUCAUGGUUGAAGACGGAGGAGGUAAUAAGCUGAAGAAUCAACAUUUUCGCCUAAACUGGGCAUGGAUCUCCUUAGAAAAGGAGUAUUAUUUAGUAAAUGAAGACUCCAAGUAUCUUGAUGUUGUUCUUAAACGGAGAGGUUACCUGGGAGAAACGUCUUUUAUAAGUAUUAGCACCAAAGAUGGCACUGCCAAGAAAGAUAGAGACUUCAGAGGAAAAGCUCAGAAACAGGUGCAGUUUAAUCCUGGCCAAACCUUAGCUACAUGGCGAGUACGGAUUUUGAGUGAUGGUGAACAUGAACAGUCUGAAUCCUUCCAAAUUGUUCUUUCUGAGCCUGUCAUGGCAGUUCUGGAAUUUCCUGCUGUAUCCACGGUGGAAAUUAUCGACCCAGGAGAUGAAUCAACAGUCUUUCUUCCUCAGUCCACCUAUACUAUUAAAGAAGACGUUGGUGAAUUAUUUAUUCCAGUCAGAAGAAGUGGAGACGUGAGCCAGGAACUGAUGGUUAUCUGCUACACACAACAAGGAACAGCAACUGGCACUGCCCCAACCUCUGUACUGUCUUACUCUGACUACAUAUCCAGGCCCGAGGAUCACAACAGCAUUCUGCGUUUUGACAAAGACGAACGAGAAAAAAUGUGUCGGAUUGUUAUUAUAGAUGAUUCCUUGUAUGAAGAGGCUGAGACCUUUGAUGUUAUGCUGAGCAUGCCAAUGGGUGGAAGAAUCGGUACAGAAUUCCCAAGCACUCAAAUUACCAUUGUACCUGACAAGGAUGAUGAACCAGUAUUCUACUUUGGAAAUGAUGAAUAUUACGUUGAUGAGAGUGCUGGCUAUAUUGAGGUAAAUGUCUGGAGGACUGGAACUGAUCUGUCUAAAGCUGCCUCUGUUACAGUGAGGUCUCGCAAAUCUGAACCAGUAACUGCAGAGGCUGGAGUAGAUUAUGUAGGCAUCAGUCGUAAUUUGGAUUUUUCCCCUGGAGUCAAUAUGCAGACAUUUCGUGUGGUAAUUAUGGAUGACCUUGGACAGCCAGUGUUAGAAGGAACUGAGAAGUUUGAGCUUGUGCUAAGGAUGCCCAUGAAUGCUGCCCUUGGAGAACCCAGCAAGGCCACCAUCUUCAUUAAUGACUCAGUGUCUGACUUACCUAAGAUGCAGUUUAAAGAAUCUGUAUAUAUAGGCAAUGAAAAUGAUGGACAGAUUUCUGCCAUGAUAUAUAGGAGUGGGGACAUCCGAUACACAUCCACUGUGAGAUGCUAUACAAGGCAAGGCUCAGCUCAAGUAAUGAUGGACUUUGUAGAACGUCCUAAUACUGACAGUUCCAUCAUCACAUUCCUUCCUGGUGAAACUGAGAAGCCUUGCAUAUUGGUGCUUAUGGAUGAUACUUUCCAUGAAGAAGAGGAAGAACUACGUUUGGUUCUUGGCACUCCAAGAAGUGAUUCUUCCUUUGGUGCCUCUAUUGGUGAACAAAAUGAGACGCUGAUAAAGAUUCAGGAUGAUGCAGACAAGUCUAUUAUUAAGUUUGGUGAGACCAAAUUUAGUGUGAGUGAACCAAAGGACACAAGGCAAGUAGCAGUUGUAAAAAUCCCAGUGCUUCGUCUGGGAGACACUUCAAAGGUUUCUGUUGUAAGAGUUCAUACAAAGGAUGGAUCUGCUACUUCUGGAGAAGACUAUCACCCUAUAUCAGAAGAAAUUGAGUUUAAGGAGGGUGAAACACAGCAUUUUGUGGAGAUUGAAGUUCUCUUUGAUGGAGUGAGAGAGAUGAGAGAAGCCUUCACUGUUCACCUGAAGCCUGAUGAGAACAUGGUUGCAGAAAUACAGACAGCCAAGGCCAUUGUUUACAUUGAAGAAAUAAACAGCAUGGCAGAUGUCACCUUUCCCUCUGUCCCUCAAGUUGCAUCCCUUUUGAUAUAUGAUGAUACUUCUAGAGCCAAAGACAAAACCAGUCCCAUAGCCGGCUAUCCUGUUGUCUGUAUCACAGCUUGUAAUCCUAAAUAUGAAGACUUUGACAAGACUGGUUCUAUAUGUGCCAGUGAGAACAUCAAUAAUACUCUGACACAAUACCGGUGGCUUGUAAGCGCACCCACUGGUCCUGAUGGUGUGACUAGCCCCAUGAAGGAGAUUGACUUUGAUACCUUCUUUACUUCCUCCAAGAUGAUUACACUUGACUCCAUUUACUUCCAAGCUGGUUCUCGAGUCCAGUGUGCGGCUCGUGCUGUGAAUUCAGAUGGGAAUGAGGGUCUUGAGCUUAUGAGCCCUAUUGUAACUAUAAGCACAUCAGAAGGUCUUUGUCAGCCUCGUGUGUCAGGAGUAGUUGGAGCAGAACCCUUCUCUGCCAAAUUGCGGUAUACUGGCCCAGAAGAUCCUUAUGCCAACUUUAUCAAAUUGACAGUCACAAUGCCACAUAUUGAUGGCAUGCUGCCUGUUAUUUCUACAAGAGAACUCUCCAACUUUGAGCUGACACUUAGCCCUGAUGGAACUAGAGUCGGAAACCAUAAAUGCUCCAACCUGUUGGAUUACACAGAAGUGAAGACCCACCAUGGUUUCUUAACUGAUGCUACCAAAAAUCCAGAUGUGAUUGGAGAGACCAUUCCGUAUCAGUACAGCCCAAUAAUUAGAGGAUUUAAUACCUUGCGCUUCUACCGCAAUCUGAAUCUGGAAGCCUGUUUAUGGGAGUUUGUUAGCUAUUAUGACAUGUCUGAGCUCCUCACAGAUUGUGGAGGCACCAUUGGGACAGAUGGACAGGUUCUCAAUCUAGUACAGUCCUACGUCACGCUGAGAGUCCCUUUGUAUGUCUCGUAUGUUUUCCACUCCCCGGUGGGUGUAGGAGGCUGGCAGCAUUUCGACUUACAAUCAGAGCUUCGGCUGACUUUUGUGUAUGACACUGCCAUCCUGUGGAAGGAUGGGAUUGGUAGCCCACCAGAAGCAGAGCUCCAAGGUUCCCUGUACCCAACCAGCAUGCGUGUUAGUGAAGAGGGGCGCUUGGUUGUCAACUUCAAGACUGAAGCCCGAUUUCAUGGUCUGUUUGUGAUGUCCCAUCCUGCUUCAUCUGUAACAUCCAUGGUUAUGUCUGCUGAUCACCCAGGCCUGACAUUUAGCCUCAGCCUCAUCCGAAGUGAGCCAACAUACAACCAGCCAGUACAGCAGUGGAGCUUUGUUUCAGAUUUUGCGGUUCGAGACUAUUCUGGAACAUACACUGUGAAGCUGAUAGCUUGUACCACUACUCCACAUCAGGAAUACAGCCUACCAGUGAUAUGCAACCCUAGAGACCCUAUCACAUUUGAUCUGGAUAUCCGAUUCCAGCAGGUCAGUGACCCAGUGGCUGCCGAAUUCAGUUUGAACACCCAGAUGUUCCUUCUCUCCAAAAAGACACUGUGGCUAUCUGAUGGCUCAAUGGGUUUUGGGCAAGAAAGUGAUGUUGCUUUCUCAGAAGGUGAUAUCAUAUAUGGCCGGGUGAUGGUGGAUCCAGUGCAGAAUUUGGGUGAUUCCUUCUACUGUAGCAUCGAGAAGGUUUUCCUAUGCACAGGAGCUGAUGGAUAUGUACCCAAAUAUAAUCCAUCCAACACUGAAUAUGGGUGCCUUGCUGAUUCUCCAUCCCUUCUGUACAGGUUUAAGAUUGUGGACAAAGCUCAGCCGGAGACACAAGCCACAAGCUUUGGAAAUGUGCUUUUUAAUGCAAAACUUGCAAUAGAUGAUCCUGAAGCAAUUCCACUAGUUAAACAGCCAGGCUCUGAUGGAUUUAAAGUAGACUCAACUCCUCUAUUUCAGGUGUCUUUGGGUAGGGAGUGGUAUGUCCAUACAAUCUACACUGUACGUUCAAAAGAGAAUGCUAACCGCGGAAUUGGCAAAAGGAGCGUGGAGCAUCAGUACCACUCGCUCUUGAGCCGUGGAACUUCAGGAAUAUCCACACAUAGACGUCAGAAGAGGGGAGUUCAGCAGGAUCGAGAUCUUGCAAAGGACAUUGGAGUAGAAAACAACCGAGGAACAAACAUACAGCACAUAGCACUAGAUCGCGCCAGCAAGAAACAGGUCCCUCAAAGGGAGGUUGCAGUCAAUGGUGUUCUCCCCAGAGAACUGAAUAACCAAAGUGCAGGGGUCAGUGUAGUCACAAUCAUUGGUGGAGUUGCUGCCAUUUUCCUUGCCAUCUGCUUAAUUGCAAUCAUUGUUUUGCUGCUAAAAUGGAAACAAAAUUCUGAGAAGAAGGAAGCCAGAAAGGAGCCAGGCAGCAAUGAACCAAUGAUGCUUCCGUACAAUUACGCCAGCGACAGCUCAGAGGUUUGACUCCAAAAUGGCAGGAUUCAAGCCAAGUCUCCAGAGUGCCUCAAAAAGUACUUGAACUGCACUUUGCUAGCAGCAGAUUGUGGUAACUCAUGAGGAAUGAAGAGUUCAUAUGCUUCUAGGUGUACCUGAAAUUUUUUAUCCUGAACUCUUGCUGCCAUCAUCAGCAAUAGAAGAAUCUAUACCAAACCUCCCACUAUGCAAAAAGGGUCAUCCUGACCUCCCUAUAUCCUGCACUAAUCUAAAGUAGCAUUUCAAGGAGCUGCAUUGUAAGGGAGAGAUUUUUUGUUUUGUUUUUGUGUUUUCUGACAUUUCAGAACAGUAGAUGAAUCUGUCUAAAGGUGCUAUAUAUCCUGUCUGCAAUAAGAGAGGAAAUCUGUUUCUUCGGAAACACAAAAUACUUGAGAGGAGGAAUCCUUAUACUCUUCAGUUAAAUUUUGUAUUGUUUUUUACAAGGAACACAAUAUCUACAAUGAAAGGUGAUGAAAUGCCUCAGGCAUGAAUCCUCCCUCCUGUAAGUAUUUGACUUCACUUAAGCUAUACCAGUGAUUUCUUUUUACUUUUUUUUUUACUUAUAUAUAACUGAACCUUUUCAAAAGACAGUUAAAUUAGACAGCAUAACAUUACAAGCAGUUGCAUGUCGCAGGAUGCAACGCAUAUUCUUUUCUGCAAAUUCAUAUUCAGCUAUUUAAUCAAGAUUUUUUUUCCCCCGUAUUUAUGUUUAUAUAAAGCCAAAGAAUGCAACAGAUCCAGAAAGAAAAUGGUUUUUCACAGAAACUUGAAACAUGUCCUUUUAAGUUUCUAAUGGAUCAUGGAGGUAUGGUAAGGCAAAUUAUAUUUUUUAGUGCAUAUCCACUGCUGGGAAAUGCAAGCAUUAGUAUUUCAGUACCUAGAGAAGGUGAUAGAGUUGGAUUCAAAAUGCAGAGGACAAGGUUCUGCCCGAACUGAGCCUAGGAGUCAUUAUACUGAAUCCAGCGUGUCGUUGCCAGUUGCCAUAUUAAAUGGCAACAAAGCAAAGAAAAAAAAAAGCCACAUUUGAUUGAAUCAAGUAAUAUUUAUUACUGUAUAAUCAUAGCACAUCUUGACAAAUGUCCUGGGUCAUUGUUGGGCAUUUUUUAACAAGUGACUACUUUUGCAAGAGUAAUUCUAAUUUUCUCUCAGAGCUGUUGAUGUAGGUAACAUGACAGCAUGAUGAUCCACAGAAGUUUGGAUCAGAAGUGUCCCAUGUCAUUUCUUAGCCAGACAGGACCUAUUCUGUCCCAGAGAUAGUCUUCCAAAUAUUUGGCUAUGAAAGCUAUUUAACCCUUAGGACAGAUUUUACCAUUUGUCACAAUAGUGUUAUAUAUGAAUAAGCCCUUUCAAAUCAGAGAACCAUAGAAUGGGUUGGGUUCGAAGUGAUCUUAAAGAUCAUGUAGUUCCAACCCCUUUGCCACAGGCAGGGACACCUCCCACUAGACCAGGUUGCUCAAAGCCCUGUCCAACCCGGCCUUGAACACUUCCAGGAUAUGACAUCCACAAAUUCUCUGGCAAACUGUUCCAGUGUCUCACCACCCUCACAGUAAAGAGCUUCAUAAUAUCUAAUCUAAGUCUACCCUCUUCCAGUUUAAAGCCAUUCCCCCCUUGUCCUAUCACUACAUGUCCUUGUAAAAGUACCCUCUGCAGAUUUCUUGUAGGCCCUCUUUAGGCACUGGAAAGCCCAUGUUUUUCUUAUGUUGGGGAGCCCAGAGGUGAACACUCCAGGUGGGGUCUCAUGAGAGCCAAGUAGGGGGGGACCUCCCUCAACCUGCUGGUCACACUCCUUUUGAUGCAGCCUGGGGUAUGGUUGACUUUCUGGGCUGUGGGCACACAAUGACAGGUCACGUUCAGUUUCUUAUCGACCAACACCCCCAGUGUCUUCUCCUCAUGCAUGCUCUCAAUGUACUCUCAGACCACCCUGUAUUUGUGCUUGGGAUUGCCCUGACCCAGGUGCAGGACCUUGCACUUGUUGAACUUCAUGAAGUUAGCAUUGGCAGACCUCUCAAGCAUGUCAAGAUCCAUCUGGAUGGCAUCCCUUCCCUCCAGCAUGUCAAUCACACUGCACAACUUGGUGUCAUCAGCAAACUUGCUGAGGGUGCUCAAUCCCACUGUCCAUGUCACUGCAAAGAUGUUACAGUGCCCAAGUCAAUGGAGUUGUCAAAGGAGUUAGUUAAACUAUAGAAAUGAUGUAAAAUCUGAAUCAUGCUGUUGAGACUGUUGCUAAAAUACCUGUUGCCUUUCACCACUUUGUGGUGGUUGGUGCAGGCAGCCCCCAGACUAUCUUCAGCUGCAAUACACUUGGUCUUUGGUAUUCUGGGGAUCGUGCUGCAGAGAUCUGAGCUAGCUGAGCAGGAUCCAACUUAAAAGCAGCUUGCCUGCAAGCACACAAUGCUGCCUCUGAACUAAACAAUCCAUCCAAAAGGUUUUCUGUACUGUCUGUGGUGCUCUCUCAGCACGGAUAGACCUAGCAAUUCUGCACAGUCGUCUUCUGAGCCAUAAAGACUCAGAAACAUUGAGGUCUACUAGCCUAGGAAUAUCUGUGCUAAGAUUCAUGGUACACUGUGAAUAUGUCCACAGAGGGAUUCAUGCUGAUACCUUUUUUUGCUCAUUUAUAUUGUUAUGACUUCAUUCAUUUAACAAGAUUUCAUCAGGUUUUCACCAAAUAAAUCUGGUCAGGAUCUGUCUUACCUUUUCUAAGUUUUCUGAAGGCUGUGAUUCAGACUGCUUAAUUGAAGGAUGUUUGCAGCAACCUAAGGGUCAAACUCCAUUACUAAAACCAUGCAGUCAUCUUUUAUUUUAAUUAAUCUGAGUUCUAGCCCGAAACAAUUAUCCUCAAGAUGUGUCCCAUGCAUUAAACCCUUUCCCCAGUCACCUGACCUUAAUUUACUCCUUUAAUGAAGUUCCUUGUGUUGUGAUCUAUGUGUUAUGUGUGCAAGACUGAUCAAAGAUUUAGCCCACAGAUGCAUUUUCUAUUUAAAGUUCACCACUAAGUUGUGAGUGUAACCUAAGGUCAAAUUUGCCUUUGUGCCUAUAUGUGAAAUCACUAUGACAAUGAGAAAUGCAGAAUUCAUCUCCUAGGACAUGCAUGUUGAGGUAACAGCAGUCAAUGAUUCUACAGAAAAUGGGACACAUGUAAAUAAUAGAACAUUUAAAUAUUUAUAAAAUGCCUGUUUUGUAUAAGCAAAGAUCUUUUUAAAAAUAUA